UCAUAACACAAUAAUAUUGCUGUAUACAUAAUACCUGUUUUACUACUAAAUUAUUUAUUUGACACUAUAAACAUUCUACUCCUGUUAACUAUUAUGUUAAAAAAUUGUCAUAAAGGAUAACUUUUUUAUACUUGUCUUGUGUUUGCUCAAAUAAGUUACCAAUCAGAAACAAAGAUAGAAUCACGUGGUUUAGUGAAUAGUAUGUCGUAUAACAGUAUGUUGUUAUAUUUGUAGUCAAAAAAUUUAUUAAAAAUAUAAAAACUUCUUUUGCGAACAAAUCACAAAUAGAAAGCUUAUAAAAAUGGAAUCCAGCAAGUCAGAAUCAACUCCAAAACAAGCUAUGGUAUAUAUUUGUGGAGAAUGUCACCAUGAUAAUGAAAUACGACCAAGAGAUCCUAUUCGAUGCAGAGAAUGUGGAUAUAGAAUCAUGUACAAAAAACGAACUAAAAGACUUGUUGUAUUUGAUGCACGAUAAAUAUAAGGAUUAAAUAAUUUUAAUAAAAUAAUACACACAAUUAUAGUAAA